AUGAGCAGCUCGUACUCUCAGCCACUGGCAGGUUUCUCAGGCCUGCCAGUGGCCCGUACGGCCUAUCGACAAGCUCGAAAGGUGCUGGGGAGUGAUUUGGAAAGAGGAAUAGGGCCAGGCGCGAAAGUGAGUCCGGUCAUCGAUCUGACGGGGAGCAACGACGAAGAUGAGGACCAGGAGCCCAGUCGGCCUGUGAAGAGGUUGCGCAUCGAUACACACGCUCACGAUGAGCCGGCGAGGCAUAUGAACAUUGGCUCACGGCCGGGUCUGGGGCUGUUGGGCGGUGAGAAAGACGGAGAGGGCGAAGACGACGACGACCAGGUCAUGGCCGAUGAAGUGGCAGCAACACCUUUUGUUAUCGAGAGUACCAAGCCACCGGCGACGUUUCAGGACCGGCUGGCUUACAUGUCGAUUGAUGGAGGUGGUCAGCAGCCGCAGUCGUCGUCGUCUUUGCCAUUACCGUUGCCCCCUCGACCACCCAGGACUAUGUUUGUACGAGAUGGACAGCCUGGGUUCGAGGACGACGAGCAGGAAGAUAUGGUGGUGCAGACCACACCGUACACGAUGGAGGAGCCUGCUGCUGCCGCCAGGCUUGCAGAUAACACCAUCCUCGACUUCCACCCUUGGACAGGAAAUCACCCUGAAGACGCUCUCAACGAACAGACGGCCAAACAGGGCUUCUACGACCGUGUCCAGCUCUCUCAAAAUGAAAGCAACACCGCUCGUCCGUCCCUCUACUCUCAUUUCAAGAAUCCGAACGGACUCAAAGCCCUCUCCCACAUAUUCACUGCAGCUCUCAAAAGAAGGGAGGCGAUCACGAAGAUCACGCCGGCUUCAACAUUCAAACCCCCACCGCGUGUCACACUGACGGACAACAAGCGCGAAGCCUGGUUGCGGGAUUUGGCUAACCAGACCGUGCCCCUCAGACGACUCAGCAGGACUAUACCGCACGGUAUUCGUGGCAAGAUACUGCUGGACCAGUGUCUGGCGAAGAACGUACCCAUUGGACGCGCAAUUUGGCUGGCCAAAUGUGUGGGUGCGAAUGAGAUUCGGGCGUUCAAACGGAAAGGAACGGCCGCAGCAAUCGCAAGCGGACUGGAAACGAAGUGGGUGAGGGAUUGGACUGGCAGCGUGCAGCAGUUUAUGGAAGGGGUGGUGCAAUCGCGUGAAGAGACCGGAUGGAUUGAGAACCAGGCUUAUGCUAUGAGAUUAACCGGUCGUCUAUUUAUGGAUCAACUGCUUGACCAGGAUACCUUUCUCGAGUGGUUACUCUCCUCUCUGCAGGCUGCAAGCCUGGACCUGUUGCCCGUCUGGCUGUCGACUCUCGGCAUAUACUGGAAGAAUCUCACCAAUUAUCGAAAGAGGGGAAGGCGUCUGGCCCAGAUAUUGCUGGAUAAGCUUGCGUUUGUAUGGUUUCCCUACUACCUCUCUGUUUCUUUUUGCCUACCACGUACUGACGGUAUAUACUUCCAGACUCUGAAUAACAACCAGUCUGCAGUGCUUAACCCGUUAAUUUUUCGCCUCCAAUCACUGAUACGCUCGUUCAUCACCUCCCAUCCAUCGUCCUUCAUCCUUCCCUUGACCUGGUCUCAAUACCACAAACCUCUGACAGCCUGCUUCAACACCUCCAAUUCCUUCGAGGUAAAUUUCCUUACGCACCUCACGGAGCGAAAUAACCGAUUAUCUAAAACCAACCCCCAAUCCAAUACCAACUCCCCGCAGUCGACUUCGCGGCCUGCCCCCCAACAACUGAUAUCAUAUCUUGACUUGGCAUACACACACAAUGUUUUCCCUGUUUUGGCCUCAAAGUGUCUGUCUCUCCCACUGGAUCACAGAACAAUAGUCUAUACCCUGCUAGAAUGGUCGUCUACACCGUUUAGAUACGGAUCCACACGCAUAUAUGUCUCCGCGCGGCUACUACGGCGCUGGAGAAAGCUCUCCAUCGACACAGAUGCAUAUAUUCUCUCGUUUUUGGCAGAGAAUAAUCAACACACAACACGACAGUUUGAAAAUAUCUACCAUGUCAUCUCAGAACUGGUGCGGUCUCAAUCAUUUUCCGUCGGCAAGUACCUCGAGUGGCUUAUGGCGAGGGGUGCGGUGAGAAGCCCUGAUGCAUUUGACCAAUGUCUGUCGGCUGACGUGGAACUGCUAAGGCAUAUCCCGUCAAGUAGGCUACCAGAACAUAUCUGGAAUCUACGGAAUACUCUGCUCUCUCGAGCAGGGGUGUCAGUUGAUGCUGAGACGUGGCAAAUCCGCCAAAUCAAGGCUGGUCUUCAACAGAUGUACCCUGAUAUUUUCACUGAGCAUGUUGAUACUCCCUACGCUGAGAUGAUUGGUGCUGACUUUGACUGGGCUAGUCUUACAUGGACAGUAAGGUCAGAUGUCUCGCAUUGGAUACGGGAGCAGAUCGCGUCUAAACUUCACGCACAGGCUCAAGUUCAGCCUUCCAGCGGUGCAAUAACCCAAAGAGCACCUAUAAUUCUAAGGCCCGGCCAGUUCUACUCUCUCCGCAGCAUCCUUGAGCGCAUGAAUGACCUCCCAAUCCUCGCUGACAUCCUCAAACUCCUCUCUCAAUCCACCAAUCCUACCGUCUUAGCUUCCAUCACGGAUACCCUGAAUUACCAUUUUCCCUCGUUUACUGCUAUCGGUGCAACAAUGGACCUCUUCCAGAGCUUUGCUCUCUCUUAUUCGAAGAUCAGCAAGGUUGAGACUCAUCUUCAAGACUUUAUAGUCGCCUUGUUAGAUGUAGCCCUGGUCUUGCCCUCAGAAGCUAGUACGGUCGCCGUCUUGCGCCGCGACCUAGCACGCUGUGAGAAGAAAUCGGCCAUGGCUGCCUCAUCGCCAGUCUCAGAGCAUAUGGCUGACACCCUCAACCCUGUUAACCCUACCUUUAGCGGGAUGCUAGACCAACUUCUUGCGUCCGGAAACUGUAUGGACGACGCUACGCUCAUGCGUAUAUUCGACCUGCUCAUCCAAAAGCUGGAGACAGGCAAGGCAGAUAUCAGCCUCUCGUUCAGCGAAGCUGCACGAUAUCUUGCGCAGCUACGUCUGUUCAAUCCCAAAACCUUCGAUGGGCUGAUGAUGAAGCGUGUACUUGGGAUAAUACGUACUUCCCCGAGACCGAAACUGUCUGAGUUUCUACCACCGCUCAUUGGAGUGGGGUGUAUCACUUUUCCAGCGGUCCUCGGCCUCGUAAAGAAGCUCGUAGAUACGGAUAGGGUGGGUGCAAGGAAUAUACCCGAUGUCAUGCAAUUGAGGUUGGAUAUGUUGAGCGUUCUAGGGCUAGAGAAUGCUGAUAAGAUGGUAGUGCCGGACCUCGUAUUCUACCGUUUCAAGAUCUCGCGGCAGGAAUUCAUCAUAAAGCACUUUUGUGGCAUCGUGGGAACUAUACGUGACGUGUUAAUCGAUGCAUCGGCAAGCAAUUCCUCCAUAGAUGGUACACUACAAGAACAGUGGAACAAGUCCAUUUUCCCCCUUCUCUGCGAGCUGAUCGUCCGUCAUUCCAAAGUCGCAAAGGACGAAUGUGUCAAGUGGGUGACAGAGAAGUUCCCAACGGGCCUGCGCCUUCUUGCCCAAACGCUGGAUAGUCUUCUUAAUGUGGAAUCUAGCAAUGUGCUGGAUGACGAAGGGAGGCGACAGAUUCAGCAAAAGGCAGAGAGUAAACUUCUCUUGUUAUUCAUUACAUCCGCCACUUCUGCCUUGGCUGGCCCUAGUGAUGAUACUGACGAAGCAUUGACACCCUAUGAGCUUGGGUUGGUAUACCUACGCAUCAUCGAGGAGCUGGUGUAUAAAGCACCUAGGAACAGCAUUUCAUCUCCGAUCGGUAACGCCCUAUUGGAGAGAAUGAAUUUAUUGCUUCAACGGACCUCAUUCCUUACCAAGGUCAAGACCGCAGAAAUGAAUCCUGCCAACACUACUCAGCGUCAUGAAGGUGGCAUACUCGGCAUAUGGGUUUACAUUCUUCUACGCCUCGUCAGUCUGUACCGCUCAGUAUUUGUUUUAGAGCGUGCAUCGAAAGCAGACCUCACAGACCAGACCCGCCUUUUGCUAAGCAUUUGCUACCUAGCGUUCACUCCGGGGCUAGGCCAAGUCUUCUCUCGAAUAGGGGAUCCUUCUACAGUUCCUAUCGGCAAAUAUGCGCACCUAUAUCAAUCGAUCCCAGCAAGCUGGCAUGGUCUACGAACGUAUGCCGUCGACGUUGCCACCAUUUUAGUCGACACUCUCCCUGACGAUGCCCGUCUACAAUGUGCUCGUUUCCUUCGUGAUCGGUCCCCUCUCUUCGUCCAGCAGCAGGAUAAUCGUCUUCUAUACCUUUUCGGCCCUAUGCCUGAUCCCCAAGCCUCCUCUUCUAACUCUUCUAAUGCCACGGCAACGUCUGCUCCACCGAUCCCAGGUUCAUCACCUUUAAAUGUCCAAAACCAUGCUGCACAGGGAGGACAAGCUCAAGUCCUUCAUCAAACAAGUUCAUCCAUCCCCACCGUUGAAGAAACAAACUCACCCAUUCAAAAUUUUCGAUUUCAACAGGGUAACCGAGUGAUUGGCCCCUGUCCUCCUAGGACGUGGGAAAUGCUUGAAGAAUCAGCCCCUGUUGCCGGUGUUAAUGAUACAGCGCUCAAUCUUUCGUAUUUUGGCGCCCGUAUGGUCAGGCCAGGUUUAAAGUGA